UCCUUGAAUCUUACCAACAAGACUCAGAAACUGACGAGAGGAGAGAGAGAGAGAGGGAAAGAGGGAGAAAGGGAGGAAGAGAAUGAAUUCAUGCCAACUAUCUAUAUCACAAGGCACAGAGAAAAGAUGCUUGUCUUCCCAAGUGCUCUUAUGGACUGUUGCUGGGGUCUCCAUGCUACUGCUCAGUGCCUGUUUUAUCACCAGAUGUGUUGUGACAUAUCGUGUCUUUCAACUCUGUGAUGAGAAUAAGUUCCAGCUACAUGAGGCAUUCAUGGACUUCUCCUGCUCCAAUGAUGGAUCGGGUUCAGUCAAGAAUUGCUGUCCAUCGGACUGGGUACAUUUUCAAUCUAGCUGCUACUUCUUUUCUACUAACACCAUGUCUUGGGCAUCAAGUUUAAAAAACUGCUCCAACAUGGGAGCCCAUCUGGUUGUUAUCAACACGCAGGAGGAGCAGGAAUUCCUUUUCUUUGCGAAACCUAAAAGGAGAGAGUUCUAUAUUGGACUGACAGACCAGGUGAAUGAGGGUCGGUGGCAAUGGGUAGAUGGAACACCUUUGUCAGAAACUCUCAGCUUCUGGGAUGUCGGGGAGCCCAAUAAUAUAGUGACAGUGGAGGACUGUGCCACCAUCCGAGACUCUUCAAAUCCCAGGAAAAAUUGGAAUGAUGUGCCUUGUUUCUUCAAUAUGUUUCGGAUUUGUGAAAUGCCAGAAAUAAAGGUCUCAAGCAACAAAAAAAUUCUCUAAGAGCAGAAAGCACAACUGAAAUGCAUAAAUAUGGAGGCACAAGAGCAUGAACCCAAUUCCAACCUGAGAGAAGUUGUGUGCCGCAUUUAAUGAGGACUCCACAGGGACUUCGGGAGGACUUUGUUGCUUUCACUACCAAUAAAAAUAAGUCGUUUCGAAUGUUACAAUUUGUGAUACUGAUUGACGUUCUUGUCUCCAUAUUAGUGUCAGGACUUCUCAAAACUUACCAAGAAAUUCUCGAACUAAUGCCAGGAAAAGAAAAGUUUGCUCCUUUGGGCACAUUUGCUUCAUUUGUGAAUACUGAUGUGAAAAGAGAGGGACACAGAGCAAGUACAGAGCCCAGCAAGAAGAAGAUUUUCAAAGUGACUUUGAACAAUCCCCUGAGUUCAGGCUCUGGUCAAUUCUUUUUCUUUCUGGCUCCUGAAAAGUCUGCCUUGCUUUCUUGAUUGCAUACCAACCAUUUUUACCCCUGCCCGAGCAUGUAUCCUCACUAUGUUUUCCUGUACGAUAAGUAAGAAACUCCCUCAAGUCAUGAAACUUAUUCCUGCUCCAAAGACAUGUGGACUUCCUGGGUAAAGUCCUUGACUGUGUCUCUCUAGGAAAAGGCCAUGCUAAGCUUCAGCUCCAAACAGACUAUUAUUCAGUCCGUUCAUCCCAAGAACUCCCUUUUCUCUUUAUUCUCUUCCACUGAAUAACUGAAUCUCACCUGAGUUUGUGGCUAUUGUUCAGCUAGGGUCCAACAGUCAAAUUGUUCUAAGAGAAUAGUCAGCUUGACAAUUUCCUAUCUCAAGCCUAUCCACUAUUUGCCUGAUAUUUUUUUCAGUCCUGAGAAUGUUUAAAUAACAUAGCACCUUUAAUAACCAUGUUUCUUGCACACAGCACCAUAAAGAGACCCUCAAAAUUCAUAUAUUGGAAUGAAUGUGUAAUCAUGAAAUGGGAAAAUUCAACUGAAUAAGUGAAUAUAAUGUAUUAUCUUUCCCUAUAAAUGUUUAUCCCUCUUAGGUAUAAGGGAUCACAUAUGGUUUUGAAACCAAUAUGCCUUUAAACCAAAAGUCAUUCAACCUAAACGUAAUCCAGUACAUAUAUCUUCUACUUUCUAAUUCCCUUUUUUCAAAUUAUAAACAUCAAUGAAAGACAUAUGGAAAUGCUUUUGUUCACCAUUGUUUCUCUGUUGUUGGCUAUAAUUUGAUAUUUUAAAUUUUAUUUCAAUAUUGAAAGAUAUAUAAAAGUAUUGGUAUACAUUAUUCACCGUGUAUUUAUAAUUUGUAAUGCAAUUAACUUUGUCUUCAAAGUUUGGCAAGAAAAGAAACAAUCACUCAGGGUUUAGUGGUUAAAGAUCAACAGGACUCAAGUUAUUUAUCUGGAAAAUUCUGAGGGGUAGAUCAUCUGGUUGAAACUAUCUUAAAAUAUAUUUUACAAUAGGACCUACAAAAAUACUUAGGCAUCAGAAAAGCCAGAAAUUUCCAAAAAAUAAAAGGGUAAAUAAUCAUCCGUAGUCCCAAGACUGUAUUCCCCAAGUAAACCACUGUUAAGAUGUAAACAUUACCAUUUGGUCCUCUAAAUAUUUUAAAGAAAAAUCAUUCUAAUACAUUUGGUGAAAAUGAUACAUGCUCAUUAUCAAAAAUUUUUAUUUGUAUGUUAUUAUGAAUAUGUAAAUAUUAUUCACAGCUGAAUCUUGUACUGUAUAAUGAUUAUAUACUAUAUUAUAUAUGUUCUUAAACACAUUUUGCUUUUUGUAUAGCUAAUAUUGGCAGCAUUUUUUAUUUAUCUAGUUUUCUAUGUACUGAUUAAUAAUGCAUCCCUUAACUAUGCAGAAUUGUACAUCACAUCUCAAUGCAUUCAAAUACAUUCUAUCAGUCCCAUGUUUUCAAGAAGAAAAGAAAUCGCUCAGUCGUUAAGCGUCUGCCUUCGGCUCAGGUCAUGAUCCCAGGGUCCUG